GUGUCGCGCGCGCGCGCGAGCGGGGAGCCGGAAGCGGCGCGGCCGCGUCAGGGCGGGCGCGGGGGGCGAGAGACGGAGCCGCGACCCCGCUGCCGCCCAGCGACCCCCGGCCCCGCCGGCCCCAGCCCCGCCGCCCGACAUGGCUCUGCGGCGGCUUCUCCUCUUCGCUGCCGCGCUGGCGGCCGCCGCCGCGCCCGCCGCCGCCUUCUACCUGCCGGGCCUGGCGCCCGUCAACUUCUGCGAGGCCGGCAAGGAGAAGCCCGAGUGCAAGUCUGGAAUCGAGCUGUUUGUGAACAGACUUGACUCAGUUGAGUCUGUCCUCCCCUAUGAAUACACUGCGUUUGAUUUUUGUCAAGCAGAAGGAAAGAAGCGUCCAUCUGAAAAUCUUGGCCAAGUCUUGUUCGGAGAGAGGAUAGAACCGUCUCCUUACAGGUUCACAUUCAACAAGAAGGAGACAUGUAAAACUGUUUGUACAAAAACAUAUGAUACCACAAAGCCAGAGGAUAAACAGAAAUUAGACUUUUUGAAGAAAAGUAUGCUACUGAAUUAUCAGCAUCACUGGAUUGUGGACAACAUGCCUGUGACGUGGUGUUAUGAUGUGGAAGAUGGCCAGAGGUUCUGUAAUCCUGGUUUUCCUAUUGGCUGUUACAUUACAGAAGAUGGCCGUCCAAAAGAUGCCUGUGUUAUUAAUUCAGAAUUUCAUGAAAAAGAUACCUUUUAUAUUUUCAACCAUGUUGACAUAAAAAUAUAUUACCAUGUUGUGGAAAAUGAAGCUCUGGGAGCAAGACUAGUUGCUGCUAAACUUGAGCCAAAAAGUUACAAGCAUACUCAUCCAGACAACCCUGAUUGCUCAGGAGUACCCAUGGAUAUAAGCAAUAAGGCUAGUGGAGAAGUCAAAAUUGCAUACACAUACUCAGUUACUUUUCAUGAAGAAAAAACUAUCAGAUGGGCUUCAAGAUGGGAUUAUAUUUUGGAAUCCAUGCCUCACACUCACAUCCAGUGGUUUAGUAUUAUGAAUUCACUGGUGAUUGUCCUCUUUCUGUCUGGAAUGGUAGCUAUGAUUAUGUUGAGGACACUGCAUAAAGAUAUUGCAAGAUACAAUCAGAUGGAUUCCACUGAAGAUGCUCAAGAAGAAUUUGGCUGGAAACUGGUUCAUGGUGAUAUUUUCAGGCCUCCAAGAAAAGGAAUGCUGUUGUCAGUUUUUCUAGGCUCUGGCACACAAAUCUUAAUAAUGACUUUUGUUACCCUAUUUUUUGCUUGCCUGGGAUUUUUGUCACCUGCUAACAGGGGAGCUCUAAUGACCUGUGCUGUAGUUUUGUGGGUACUGCUUGGAACUCCAGCUGGUUAUGUUGCUGCCAGAUUCUACAAAUCAUUUGGAGGUGAGAAAUGGAAAACAAAUGUCCUGCUGACAUCAUUCCUUUGUCCUGGAAUUGUGUUUGCGGAUUUUUUUAUCAUGAACCUCAUUCUCUGGGGAGAAGGCUCUUCAGCAGCUAUUCCAUUUGGUACCUUGGUUGCUAUUUUGGCACUCUGGUUUUGCAUAUCUGUGCCACUGACGUUUAUUGGUGCCUACUUUGGGUUUAAGAAAAACGCUAUUGAACACCCUGUUCGCACAAACCAAAUUCCGCGUCAGAUUCCUGAGCAAUCGUUCUAUACAAAGCCUUUACCUGGCAUUAUCAUGGGAGGGAUUCUUCCUUUUGGAUGUAUCUUUAUACAGUUGUUCUUUAUUCUCAAUAGUAUUUGGUCUCACCAGAUGUAUUACAUGUUUGGCUUCCUGUUUCUGGUAUUCAUUAUUUUGGUUAUUACAUGUUCUGAGGCUACAAUAUUGCUCUGCUACUUCCAUCUAUGUGCAGAGGACUAUCACUGGCAGUGGCGUUCAUUUCUCACUAGUGGCUUCACUGCAGUUUAUUUCCUAAUAUAUGCAAUACAUUAUUUCUUUUCUAAACUGCAAAUCACAGGAACAGCUAGCACCAUUUUAUAUUUUGGUUAUACCAUGAUUAUGGUUUUGAUCUUCUUCCUUUUCACAGGGACAAUUGGAUUCUUUGCAUGCUUUUGGUUUGUAACCAAAAUAUACAGUGUUGUGAAAGUUGACUGAAGAAACCAAUGUAAAGAGUUAACACAGAAGAGGUUUAGUCUUCAUUAACGUAACUUAAAAACCUGGUCUCGUUGAUGAACUCAAGCUUUAUCAGAAGUAUUGGCUUCCUAUUCUUUGAGAAUGAUACUUAAAUGCACCUACUUUUCCACUAACGUUUGUAUUGUGACUUAACAACCUGUUUUCAUUCAAACCUUAAUGAAGAUCAGAGUUACAAUAUUUAUGCAUUUGUAAAUACAACUAUACUUUAAAAGAAAUGUUAAAUUCUAAUGGCAGAAUAGAAGUGGCUGUAUUACACAACUUAAUGAUACUUCUGAUCAAAGUACAACUGUAAAUAGGUUUUUCUAGCUUGGUAGGUGGGAUGAAUUAUUUUUCUUUGAGGGAAAUGAAAACUUUUUAUUAUGCUAACUUUGAAGGAAGACUCUUAAGAAGUGUUGCUUUUAGUCUGGACAUGAUUUUUAUUUUUUACUGGUGUUGCGUCCAUAAGUAUUCUGAUUUCUGUGACUUAAUUAGUUUUGGUGUUCUUGGCCUUUUAAACUAUGUGCCUCUGAGUCCUUGAAUUUAUAAAUUCAUAAUCUAAUAAACGUUGUAAAAACGUC